AUGGCGAUGACGGCGGAGGGCCAUCCAGUAGCUAGGGCGGAGCAGUUCCAGCUGAUCACGCUCCUCGGGCGUGGUUCGUACGGGAGCGUGUACAAGGCGAAGAACACGGACACUGGGGACUUCGUUGCCAUCAAGGUCAUCCCCACGUCGCUGGCGGACUCGGGGGCGGCGGCGACGGUGCGCAAGGAGAUCGAGAUCCUGAAGGACUGCAACCACCCGAACGUGGUGCGGUACCACGGUUCGUUCCAGGCGCUGGACUCGCUGUGCAUCGUGAUGGAGUACUGCGGCGGCGGGAGCGUGUCGGACAUCAUGCACGCCAACGGGAAGAACCUGACCGAGGAGCAGAUCCGGUACAUCAUCUACGAGUCGUUCAAGGGCAUCGCGUACCUGCACAGCAUCGGGCGCAUCCACCGCGACAUCAAGUGCGGCAACAUUCUGCUCACCGAGGACGGGCGCGUCAAGCUGGCCGACUUCGGCGUGAGCGCGGAGCUGUCGAGCACGAUGACCAAGCGCAACACGUUCAUCGGGACGCCGCACUGGAUGGCGCCCGAGGUCAUCCAGGAGUCGCGCUACGACGGCAAGGUGGACGUGUGGGGCCUGGGCAUCUGCGUGAUCGAGAUGGCCGAGCGGGAGCCCCCGCGGUGGGACGUGCACCCGAUGAAGGUCAUCUUCCUGAUCAGCAAGGACGAGCCGCCGAGCUUCAAGGACCGCGACAAGUGGGGGCGCACCAUGCACAACUUCGUCCAGCAGUGCCUCACCAAGGACCCCCGGAAGCGCCCCACCGCCUCCAGCAUGCUCCAGCACCGCUUCCUCGCCGGCACCGACAAGGACGCGCCCACCAUCCGCGGCAAGCUCCGCCCGCUCAUCACCACGUGCAGCAAGGCCCUCAACGCCAAACCCCUCCCCUCCCAGGUGGCCUCGGGCCUCCUCGGCAACGUGCUCAGCAACGCCGAGUCCGCGCCGCGCGCGUCCGGGACCGUCCUCGUCGAGGACAACACCACGAGCUUCGGCGACGCCGGCGCGGGCGCGGCGCGGGCGCGGCGGGCGGGCGGCGGGCCCACGCACGCGCGGCACGGCACCAUGGUGCAGCACGACGGCACCGUGGUCGCGCCGGGCGGCACCGUGGCCGCGUCGGUCAGCAGCGGCGGCGAGGGCGGCGGGGACUACUUCGCGGCGAUCUCGGCGGCCGCGGCGGAGCGCGAGUCGGAGCCCUUCAAGAAGGCGGCGGACAAGCGGGCCAAGGAGCAGAUGAGCAAGACGCGGCAGCAGCGGGACCACCUGCGGGCGAUCUACGAGCGCGGGGGGGUGAUCUCGAUACCGUUCCUGCGGGCGCGCGAGGUGCCGCCGCUGGCGCUGCUGGGGUGGGGCACCGCGGGGGCGGUGGGGCCGGGGGGCGCGGCGGGGGCGCCGUUCGCGCUGGAGCUGGGCACGCUGAUGGACGCCGUCGAGAUGGACGAGGAGGCGGGCGGGCGGAGCGACUCGCGCUCGGUGUCGUCGCUCGGGGGCGGCACGCACCAGUCGGACGCCGCGGGGGGCGCCAAGCGCCCGCUGCCCGCCAAGGUCGUGCGGCAGCUCCAGGCGAACCCCGCGCUGCUGAACCUCGCACGCGCGCUCGCGUACAAGCGGCGGAUCGUGGCGGACCUGCCGCUGCCGCCGGACCAGGUCCGCAGCGUGUCGGACCAGGCAGCCGACAUCGCCGACACGCUUCGGGUCGCGCUCAGCACGCAGUGA